UUUGCUGCUGCUUGUUCGAUUUCAAAAUUUGAAAAAUACGACCGUUAUUCCCUUCUGCUACAUAAACCCCGAUCCGCUUCCUCUACGUCUUCAUUCUCCGCCCUAAUCUCUUUUCUCUCUCCCUUCUCCUCCGAUCGAGCCAUGGCGGCGGCGGUGCACAAGAAGGGCAGGGGCCGGAAGGCGCUGAAGGACUUGUCUUCAAGCGAGGUCAACAUCUCUGAAUCAUCCUCUCCGGAAGGAGUUAGAAAGGAGGUCGGUGAAGGCGUCUCUGCCCUUGUCUCGCCCAAGAACGCCAAGAAAGAGAAGUCCAAGGCGUCAUCAGCGGGGAAGAAUUCGUUCGAAGACGAGUUGCUCCAGCUGCAGGUCAGGCUCCAGCAGCUCCAGCUCGAGAAGGAGAAGACGGAUGAGCUCCUGAAGCAACGCGACGAGCAGCUGAAGCAGAAGGACGAGGAGAUCGAGAACCGUGGCAAGGAGCACGAAAAGCUGCAGGAGGAGCUUAAGAAGAUCCAAAAGUUGAAGGAGUUCAAGCCCACAAUGAGCUUUCCUCUUAUUAAGUCUCUAAGAGGGAAGGACGAAGUCAAGGAUGAGAAGAAGAAGAACAAAGGCAAAAAGCCUGCCGAGACGAAGAAACCAUGCCCCGCAUAUGUCUCGUGGUGCAAAGAUCAGUGGAACGAUGUGAAAAAAGAGAACCCUAGUGCUGAUUUCAAGGAGGUUUCCAACGUGCUUGGAGCGAAAUGGAAGGCAUUGAGCGCAGUGGAAAAGAAGCCCUAUGAAGACAAAUACCAGCAGGAGAAAGAGGCCUACCUGGAAGUCGUCAAGCAAGAUAAACGGGAGAAAGAGGCACUGAAGCUUCUUGAAGAAGAGCAGAUGCAGAAGACCGCCAUGGAGUUGCUGGAACAAUAUUUGCAGUUUCAACAGGAAGUUGAAAAGGAGGGCAAGAAAGUAAGGAAAGAGAAGGAUCCUUUGAAACCAAAGCAACCGAUGUCAGCUUUCUUCUUGUUCUCAAAAGAACGCCGUGAAACUCUGCUACAAGAAAAGAAGACCAUCCUUGAAAUUUCUAAAAUAGCAGGGGAGGAGUGGAAGAACAUGAUGGAAGAACAAAAAGCUCCCUAUGAGGAGAUUGCUAAGAAGCUGAAGGAAAACUACAACCAGGAAAUGGAACUCUACAAGCAAAAGAAGACUGAGGAGGCUGUUACUCUAGCCAAGGAAGAGGAGGAGCACAUCAAAGUCUUGAAGCAGGAAGCCCUUCAGCUGCUUAAGAAGAAGGAGAAAACAGACAACAUGAUCAAGAAAACUAAGCAGGAUCGUAUCAGGAAAAAGAAAGAGAAGGAAGAACAAGUUGCUGAUCCCAAUAGGCCGAAGAGACCACCCUCUUCUUUUCUUCUCUUUAGCAAGGAAGCUAGGAAACAACUCACGGAGGAAAGACCAGGCAUUCCAAAUACUACCUUGAAUGCUAUGAUUUCGGUGAAGUGGAAGGAAAUGAGUGAAGGCGAGAAGAAGACAUGGAAUGACAAAGCUGCAGAAGGUCUCAAUGCAUACAAAAAAGAAUUAGAAGAAUUCAACAAGGCUUCGAUGGACAACAAGACUACUCCAAAAGAGUGAAGAUUGGACUACUUUUGAUUGGUUCAAUUGGCUUCAUUGAACAUUUUCAGCUUAUGGUUUAUAACAACUGAUUAGGCUCUUGACUCUUUUACUGCACUGAUGUGUUUUCAUGCUUCAUUUUGAUUGAAGCUUCCUUGGAACAUCAAUGAAUUACUGUCAUUUUCGAUUGAGGCUUCAUUUUUCUUGAUCA